UCAAUUUACUUUGUGCUGACUGUGUUUUAUUCAGGGACAUAAAUGAGGGAAACCUUCCAGAUUUUGCUAGCAGUAUAAGCCAAAAAAUUCCUGUUGCUAAACAUUAAUGUAUGUUUACUUUUCCAAGUGGCAAUCUUAAGCGUGUUUUUUCAGUGAUCCUUGUUGAGAUAAAAUGAGAUAUAAAGUACAGAGAGCUGAUAGCUUACAACCUGUUGGGGCUUCACCUAGUUUCUAUAAAAAUGCAGCCCCUUUCUCUUGUUCUUUUUCUUGCCACAUUGUGUCAUGCAUCAGCUUUGGAUCAAACAUAUGUCAGUGCUAAUGGCACUUUUGCAACUAGAAGAAAUUACAGCUUAGCAUCUGUUACUAAUGGAGGACGUUGGGGUGACUGGACGUGGAUUGACAUGUGCCCAGAACAAUCGUAUGCCAUUGGAUUUAGUGUAAAGGUGGAGCCAUAUGGCGGAGUUUUAACUGAUGACACUUCACUGAAUGGAAUUCGCUUAUAUUGUUCAACUGAUGAAACCGACGACAUUAUGUAUACCAUUGAAUCUGAUACUGGAAGAUAUGGACACUGGUCAGAGAUCAGAUGGUGUCCAGCAGAUGGUGUCUUGCGUGCCUUUCAGCUGCAAACUGAACCUGAUCAAGGUGCUGGAGAUGAUACAUCAGUAAACAACAUCCGAUUCCGUUGUAGCAACGGUCUUACCUUGGAAGAAGUUGGUGGUCCAUUUGGUGACUACAGUGAGUGGAGCAAUACCUGCUAUAAAGGUGGAAUUUGUGGCAUGCAAACCAAGCAGGAGUCAUAUCGAGGCGCUUUCAUGGAUGACACAGCCCUCAAUGAUGUUCGCUUCUUCUGCUGUGAAUAAACUGAACUGAGCAA